AUGGAAGGCUCUUACUCCGAUGGGCAUGGCGAGGAGAGCUUGAGUAGCACGCAAAUGCUCUGGUACAGCGUCGCGGCGGUGGUGUGCGUGGCGAGUGCCGGUUUCUUCGUCGGCCUCCAAAUUGCGCUCUUCUCGAUUGACCGCCUCUUCCUCCGCGUCCUCAGCACCACUGGCACACCUAAGGAGCGCCAGCAGGCCAAGUCGCUGCUCGCUGUGCUAAAAUUGCAGCACUGGACUCUCGUGGCGCUCGUCUUGAUGAACGCCGUAUUCGUCAUGACGCUACCGAUUCUGCUGGAGACAAUUUUCGACGAGAUCACCGCCCUUAUCGUGUCCAUCACGGCUGUCCUCUUCGCCGGCGAGGUCCUUCCGCUCGCUGUCUUUGUGCGCUGGGCCAUUCCGGUGUGCUCCUACUUCAUCCACGCAAUCUGGUUCGCUAUUAUCGUGACGGCGCCAGUGAGCUAUCCGAUGGGCAAGGUGCUUGACCGCGUGCUGGGGCACAGUGAGGAGCCACUCGACCGCGAGGAUUUGGCCGCCUUGAUUGUCGGUCCGCGGCUGGGCGAAAACGAAGAGGAGAGUACCAUGAUGGAGGUCACAUCUGUGCGAGUGGGCGAUGGCGAUGGCGGCGGCGAGAGCGCGCAGAUAGCCAAGGAAAAGAGUUCGCCGGGCCAGCUGCGUGAGUCAGAGGUGAAGAUGUUGCAGGCGGCUAUGCUGCUCUCGACCGACACGGUGCAGCAGCAUCUGCGCACAAAAGCGGAGGACGCCUUCAUGUUGUCCUCUCACGACAGCCUCGAUCGAGAAACAAUUCUGUGCAUCUUGACCACCGGCUACAGUCGUGUGCCAGUGUACUUUGGUGAGGAUCGCCGGCACAUCAUUGGCGUCCUCGUCGUCAACUCGCUCGUGUCGCUCUGCUUUUCUCAUCCAGACCCACCGCCUCUGGUGAGCGACUACUCCCUCCGCGAGGUCCUGAGGCUUUCGCAGGAGGCGUCUCUCUAUGAUGCCUAUCUCGCUUUUCGCAAUGGGCCGUCCAAUAUGGCAAUUAUCUACGACCCCUCCGGGGCCAUGGCCGGGCUGCUGACGCUGAAUGACGUGCUGGCGACACUCUACAACGCCGACCCGGUGGCGCCGGCCACAUUGUCGGAGCAGUGUCUGCGCCGCCAGCGCAAGAUGGUGGAGCUGGUGGAGGGCAUGAAGGUCCUGCAGGUCACGAAACGCGUUGUACCGGUGUCGGUGGGCACGAGCCGGCUCGGUGGGCCGGGCACCUAA